AUGCGUCUAUUAACAACCUGCUGCCUGUCUCGAGAGCUUCAAGUCUCACUCCUCUACUUGUCGCAAGUUCAACAACCCGCUCCUCUAAUUAAGGCCAACAAACAAGUAGGUGCCUUGUACUGUACAAGGCAGGCAUUAUUUGAUCGUGUGACAGUUCGCAUUCAUAGGCAGGAGCCACCGAGCCGUUUCCUUUUUAAAGAUGGAGGUGACCCUGCCGAGUUAGUUGACAGCGCCAGCGAAACCACCUCGCUAGCUUCCAGCGUGAAAGCCUACGUAUAUGAGGUCUGCAUAUACCUACAUAUCACCGAGGGAGAAAAAAAUACCACUAAAGAGCAUCAGAACGGACGGAGAUAUCAUUCGUAUCACGAAGGGGAAUACGUGCUUCCCAACGAUGAGGAAGAACAGGAUCGGCUGGAUCUGUCACAUCAUAUUUACAAAAUGCUCCUUGGCGGGGAACUGUAUCUCGCGCCUGUCGGAAAACGGCAGAGGGUAUUAGACAUGGGCACGGUCACGGGCAUCUGGGCGAUUGAUUUUGCCGAGUGCGAGCACCAGCUUUCACAUAUACUGUCACUGAGGCUGACGAAGGAGCAGGUCCCGCCAAACUGCCGAUUCCAGAUUGACGAUUUCGAAAAGGAGUGGGCAUACUCUCGCCCAUUUGACUUCAUUCACGGCCGGGACCUUGAAGGGUCUGUCCGGGACUAUGACCAGCUUUUCCGGCAAGCCUUUCAGAAUCUGAAGCCGGGGGGAUAUCUGGAGAUGGCAUCGAUGGAGAUCAACACCCAUUCGGAUGACGGGACCCAUUUGAAAGCGAAGAAUUUCCUCAAGGGGCUUCGAGUCACGCACGAGGCGUCCAAGAAAUUCGGAAAGGACAUGAACUCCGUGGCGACGUGGAAGGAGAAGAUGGAACGCGCGGGGUUCGAGAACGUUACAGAGAAAAUCUACAAGGAUGCUCGCUCAAGCCUCGCUUAG